AUGCUGGGGAGAACUGCAACUACUAUAGGAUGCAGACUGUCAAGACUGUCAUCACGGUCUUUACGCAAUGGAUUGCUUUGUGUGGCUACUAGAAAGUAUUCACCACCAGCUGCUGCUGCUGUGGAACUGGCUAAUGACUUGUCGUUGGAGACACACACCGAUAUUCAGGCAGCUGCCAGGGAACAGGCUGAGAGUAGAAGUGCAGCGGCUGGGACCGCAAGUGAAGUGAGUAACUCUGGUACAAGUGCUCUACAGCAUGCUUAUCAGGAGAAUACUGGGUUUGGUACAAGACCUAUUUACCUGGACAUGCAGGCUACCACUCCUACUGAUCCCAGAGUGCUGGACACAAUGUUGAAGUUUUAUACUGGCCUGUUUGGCAACCCACACUCUAAUACCCAUGCAUACGGUUGGGAAACGAACAAAGAAAUCGAAACUGCAAGAGAUCAAAUUGCCAGUGUGAUUAAUGCUAAUUCCAGAGAGAUCAUAUUUACUUCAGGUGCAACCGAAUCCAACAGUAUGGCUAUCAAAGGUGUGGGGAGAUUUUACAAAAAAACCAAGAAACACAUCAUAACGACUAGGACUGAGCAUAAGUGUGUGCUUGAAUCAGCGAGAUCUAUGAUCAAUGAAGGUUUCGAUGUGACUUUUUUGAACGUCGAUGAGAAUGGGUUGGUUGAUCUAAAAGAGUUGGAAGCUAGUAUCAGACCGGACACUUGUCUUGUCUCUGUGAUGGCUGUGAACAAUGAAAUUGGUGUUAUGCAGCCACUGGAGGAGAUUGGUGCUAUUUGCAGGAAGCAUAAAGUGUAUUUCCACACAGAUGCGGCCCAGGGUUACGGUAAGAUUCCAAUUGAUGUUAAUAAAAUGAACAUUGAUUUGCUGUCCAUCUCGUCGCACAAGAUCUAUGGACCAAAGGGUAUCGGUGCAUUGUUUGUAAGAAGAAGACCUAGAGUUAGAUUGGAUCCAAUCAUUUCCGGUGGUGGACAGGAGAGAGGUUUGAGAUCGGGAACUUUGGCUCCAGCUUUGGUCGCAGGUUUUGGUGAAGCUGCUCGCUUGAUCAAGCAGGAAUACCCUAAUGAUAUUGCUCAUAUCAACAGGUUAUCCAAGAAAUUGGUCCAAGGUUUGCUUGCAAUCGACCACACCAGUUUGAAUGGUUCACCAGAUCAUCGCUACCCAGGUUGCGUUAACGUUUCAUUCGCAUAUGUGGAAGGUGAAUCAUUGUUAAUGGCUUUGAGAGAUAUCGCUCUAUCAUCUGGUUCUGCGUGUACUUCUGCGUCAUUGGAACCAUCAUAUGUUCUACAUGCCUUAGGUAAGGAUGACGCACUGGCUCAUUCUUCGAUUAGGUUUGGUAUUGGUAGAUUUACCACUGACGGAGAAAUUGACUACGUGAUCAAAGCCAUCACUGAACGUGUGAGGUUCUUAAGAGAGCUAUCACCACUGUGGGAAAUGGUCCAAGAAGGUAUUGAUCUAAACUCUAUUGAGUGGUCCGGACAUUAA